UCCUAGACUUCGCUCAGGGCGUAAAGCGACACGUCACCGCGUAAAGCGACACGUCACCGCGUAAAGUCUUGUUUACAUACAGCGCGGGAAACUGCGACAGCGGAGGACAGACAGACACAGACGGAGUGAGGAAGACGAGGAUGAAGGUUUAUUUCUGCGGUAGUAUCCGCGGCGGAAGAGAUGACGUUGCUCUGUACCGGAGGAUCGUUCAGAAGCUGCAGAGCUACGGGACCGUGCUGACCGAGCACGUGGGCAGCAACGAGCUCACCGACAGAGGAGAGGACGCUGCUGCAGCAGAAGAUCGAGCGAUCCACGACCGAGACGUGGCCUGGCUCCGGCAGUCUGACGUGAUCGUGGCGGAGGUCACUCAGCCGUCUCUGGGCGUCGGCUACGAGCUUGGCCGCGCCGUCGACAUGAAGAAGAAAGUCUUCUGCUUGUUCAGACCAUCGUCAGGACGCAGGCUCUCGGCCAUGGUUCGAGGCGCUGAUGACGGUGAGCUGUUCGUGGUCAGAGAUUACAGCGAGGACGAGCUGGAGAACGUUCUGGACGAGUUCUUCAAGAACCUGAAGAUCAAUACACAGAUUGAUUGAUUACAUCCUCGUGCGUCCAGCAGGCGGCGCCACAGCUCAGUUUCAAAAUGGCCACUGGCUGUAAAACAUCACUACAAUAAAAACAAAUAAAAUAAAUAAAAAUU